AAGUACAAGAUAUGGAUGAGGCACCGCUACAACGACUGUGUGGAUUGCUUGUCCGAGCUGAUGGGGCACGACUCCUUCCAGGUCAAGGAAUUGGCACUCUGCACCCUUAUGAAGUUUGUUGAGUUGGAGGCACGAUACCCAUUGAUCAAAGUAGAGUGGAAGGGCACUUUAACUUUUCCUCGUGAACUUCUUAAGGUGGUUGUUGAUGGCUUGCUGCCCAUGGAUGAGAAUGCUUCGCUCCUCAUCUCUCGCUUUCAAGAGUAUCUGGAGUAUGAUGACGUUCGGUACUUCGUCACGAAGGCUGUCACUGAGAGUAUUGCACAAGUCAUGCAGAAGGCAAAAGAGAGGCCACUGCCAUUUUACCAGCAGAAUGUGUUCUCCCUCAUUUCGCCCAUGAUCAUACCCAACAAAGAGUCUGACAUGGUCAAAUUUAUGGUGAAGCAAGAUAACUGGGAGGAAUUGAAAGUGUCAAAGCUGCAGGCUCACAAGCAUGCGUUCGAAAAAAUGUGGCUCAGUUUUUUGAAGCACAAGCUACCCACUGGCCUUUACAAAAAAGUCCUGGUCAUUCUGCAUGACUCCAUCCUGCCUUACAUGAAUGAGCCCACUCUCAUGAUAGACUUCUUGACAGUGGCCUAUGGCAUAGGUGGAGCAAUCAGUCUUCUGGCCUUGAAUGGAUUAUUUGUUCUGAUUCAUCAACACAAUCUGGAGUACCCUGACUUCUAUAAAAAGCUGUACAACCUACUAGACCCUUCCAUAUAUCACGUGAAGUACCGAGCUCGCUUUUUCCACUUGCUUGAUCUUUUCCUGUCUUCUUCUCACUUGCCGGCGUACCUGGUGGCGGCGUUCGUGAAGCGGCUGGCCCGGCUGGCCCUCAGCGCUCCUCCCGAGGCUCUGCUCAUGCUCAUUCCCUUCCUCUGCAAUCUCUUCCGGAGGCACCCUGCCUGCAGGCUGCUGGUGCACAGACCCAGCGGGCCAGAGGAUAUGUCAGAAGAUCCAUACCUUAUGGAGGUGGAGGACCCAUCUGAAAGCAGGGCUUUGCAAAGCUGUCUCUGGGAGAUUCAGGCUCUACAAAACCAUUAUCACCCAGAUGUGGCUAAGGCAGCUGCUGUCCUGAACCAGUCACUGUCUGAAAUGGAGGAUGACAUCUCAGGGCUCUUGGAGCUCUCAGCUUAUGAGCUUUUUGAUAAAGAAGUAAAGAAAAAGGCUACUGAUGUGCCCCUGGAAUUCGAACAAGUACGAGGUUUAUUUGGGAAGAAAAAUGAUAUUUUUGCAGAGCACUUUGCUUUAGCAUGAUGUGAUCUGUUGUAAACACACCUGCACCACUGACUGGUCCUGGACACAGCUGAGAGCUGGACUGCUGGAGGAAGGUGCAGCCUUCUUCAGUGACCUUUGCCACUACCCAUGGAUGGACUUGCCUUUGUUGCUCAUGCUUGCAUACUGCCACCUGAUAUUUGGGAAGGAUUUUUCCUCAGAGCAAUGGUUUCUGGACUUGUUCACUGCUGGGAUUCCAGCCCUUUUCUCCAAAGCUGCUGGUGCUGGCUGUGAUGGGUGACUGCAUCCACAAACCUUGCUGCUAUUCAGUGGGACUGAGGGGAACUGUGAUCUCUGGCUACUGGUCUUGUUUUUCAGUUGUGUUGCUUUAAUAUUUGAGCUGACAGCCCUGUUUGUA